GAUAGAUUCGUCGAUCAGUGAACUUUUACAUUCUCCACGAUCAACAUGCAGUGGUCCAGCUCAUUGUUGGUUAUCGUUUUAAUCGGCCUGACAACCGUAAACGGUGCCUGGAAACGGAACCAGGAGUACAACUACAAAGUGGUUACAAAGACUCUAAGGGACGAAAAGUGGGAUGAAUUCCAAACUCGUUUGACCAUUCGUCCAGAAUCAGAUGAAAUUUUGAUUGGUAAAUUAGGCCAGACACAGUAUGGCAACACUCAAACAUCGAUACUCUCGGGCUUGACCAACCGGAAUAACAAUGAUCGUCGAAUGGAGGAACAACUAUUCAAAGUUAAAGUGAAAAAUGGUGUUGUUGAAGCAUUGCUUGUCGAUCGCCAAUUGAGUGAAUAUCAAAUUAACCAACUGAAAUCCCUCGUAAAUGCGUUCGUGGAUAAAGUUUACGUCGACAGAAAUGUCCAAUGCCAAAUGGAUGGAGACCAUGCUUUUUACAAUAUGAAUGAGCAAACUAUGAUGGGACACUGUGAAACGAUUUAUGAAAUUUCGCCAUUGGCAGAAUAUUUGGCUCAAUCCAGUCGUGAUUUGGUUCCGAUGCCACAAUUACAAAGGCAAGGACAAUAUACCGAUGUGAUCAAGAGCAGAGACUAUAACAAGUGCAACCAGAACAGAAACGAUGGCUCGAGCCCAAACACAAAUAGAGAGUCAACGCUUAUUGAAGUGAACCGUGUCAUUCUCUCUGGACCGCUAAAUGAUUACACCGUUCAAUCAGCAUUCUCAACCUUGAAAUUGACUGACCGUUUGAAUAGUCCACCCAAAACUAUUUCCUACGUCAAUGUAACAUUGGAAUCAUUUAAUACCAACACGAGACUUCCCUCAAUUUCGAUCGACAAUCUAGUGGAUGUUCAAAACAACUAUUCACCAAGAGCUUCGCUUAACACUGAUAAUCGAAUUGGAUUCAUUGGUAAUCGUCCACGAAGCAACCUUCCAUGUACGUCAAAGCACGCAGCCUUCAGGCAACUCACCAUAACUCCUUCAUUCGUCUCAAUCGUCGGACACACUCCAAUCACAAUCCAAGGCCCUUCUCUCAGUGAUGCUGUCAGAGUUCAAGUUCGAUUCCAUGAUGCAAUUCUUAAGACAGUAACUGCAACCAUUUCAGGAGACAAGGCAACCUGUUUGGUACCGUAUUUGUAUACGAACGGUAGAAUGCAGGUGGACAUGAUAGUUACACGCACCAACACUGUUGUUGAUACGUUCUAUGGUUUCAUUUACACCGAAAAGCAUCGUAGCGCGAUGAAUUUUGAACUUCUCAGCUCAUCUAGAGUCAAAAUGACCUGGGAUAAAACUAAGUUCAAUGUGGGCGCCCCCUUAAGAUUAGAACUGCUGGAAUUAGUUGAAGGAGUCCUAACACCUAGAGGUAUCAUCAAAUCGAACAUAACAAACAAUGGAGCCUUCACAGGAGAUCUGGAUAUGCAGGGCACAUCGAUAGUUCAACAAUUGAGAAGUCUUUACGUAGUCAAAUUAGAAUCAGCGCUACUGCUUUCAAGUCCUACAGUUGGUGUGAGUGCCAGGAGUGUCGUAAUUUCAAAUUUUCUGAAUCAACUUAGUACAAAAACUCAGGCCGAGAUCGAUCAAAUGUGUUACGAUUGGUACGCUCAAGAUGAAGGUGCCCCCAGAGACGCAUUGCCCUGUCCACCAACUUUACAAAAAGCUCGAGUUGAUGAACGAUUCGAGCCUGUUGACGACUUAAAGCUGUAUAACCCCGAUGCAGAUUUCGGCUUCAUGCAACGAGUUCCAUCCAAGAGCGGCGCUGCACAGCGUUGUGUUUAUAAAAAUGGAAAAUUAUUGGUUGGUCCACCAAGUGGUGGUAAUGUGCGCAAAGUUAGUCCGAAUGGCGAGAAGGGAGAGGUACCACACAUCAUUGCUGAUAUAAUGCCAUGGUUUUUGUGCUGUAACAAUAACAAGGCCAAUUGCAAUCUCUAUUACGAGAAGAGACCAUCAAACAAUGGCAGCGACUAUGUUGAUCCUCAUUCUGGAAUGGUUAUUGGAGACCCGCACUUCACUACAUUCGACGGAUUUUACUAUACUUUCCUUGGUCUUGGCGAGUUUUGGAUUUUCAAGAGUCAGGAUGACGUUUUCUCAAUGCAAGGAAGGUUUACUCAAUAUCUGAACACAGGAGCAACCGUAUGUACGGUAUAUGUAAUGCAACAUCGAAGCAUUGAAGGGGAUACAACCAUUCAGUUAUCUCUAAUGAAGGACUAUAUCGAGAUUAUGAUUGAUGGACAGGUCGUCACAUUGGACUCUAGACCAAAUACUAAACGUUCCAUAGCGCAUAAGGGUGCCUUCAUUGCAAUCAAUUCACAGAAAGAUAUUAGGAUUACGUUCUCCUCGGGAUAUUCGUUCAAAUUUACCUAUGAUCCGUAUGUGAUUAACAUGAUUGCUAUGCUUGAUGUCAAUCUGAAGAAUACGUUCAGGGGUUUGUUUGGUAACUUUGAUGAUAAUCAGGAGAAUGAAUUCACUUAUCCCGAUGGAAGAGUCAUUCCUAAAAAUUCUAAAGCGAAAGAAAUUCAUGAUUUCGGCAUGAACUGGAAAGUGGAUUGUCAAGACAGUCUGUUUACAUAUCCAGACGGCAAAAGUUACGAGAACUAUCAGGACGACAACUACGUUCCACGCCUCGAACCCAUCGACGUCGAUAAGCUUCCGCCGAAAGCUAAGGAAAUUUGCGGGGACAAUUAUGAAUGUUUGUUUGAUUUCGCUGUAACUGGAAAUCAAGAGAUGGCAACCAGCACAAAGACAACCGUUGACACAUUUACCUCCAUCAUCCAAUCAUUGAGCGUCACUUGUCCAAGACUAUCUGCGCCGAGGAAUGGAUCCUUACAAGUUCGCAACUAUUUUGUAGGAAGUAUCGUCAAACUCGUUUGCAAUGACAAUUUUGCGGUUCAAGGAAAUGAUUCCAUGACGUGCGCCAGAAAUGCUCGAGGAGAACUGUCUUGGCAAGGAACAUUGGGACAAUGCGUCCAGAAAAAUAAAUGCGCAAAUGAAAACUCAUGGCUGCAGUGGCUGUGUGAACAUGGAUUACAAGCAUAGAAAAACGUAGCGACAUACGUUAAACGGUACUAAGUAAUUUAACGAUUGAAAAAAAAAAUUGAUAAAAUAAAUUUACAGUU